CUUCACUGCCUGCUGCACCGUGUGACGCAGACGUUUGAAGGGCGGAACACCAGAUAUGUUCUGCUGGUGUUGGAGGCGGCGUGACUGGCUCAUUUCACCGCUGCGUCGCGCUGAGCCACACAGGCUGCAGGUUAAAGGAUGUGGCUGUUGUCAGUUCUGGUUCCUCUCCUCAGACUGUACCUGUGUGGGAUCAGAGUUCUGCUGUACCAAAUGUUCCACCGAUCCUUUGAGAUGCCAGUCUUACCCAAGCAAAAUAAACGGGUUGCCAUAGUGACCGGAGGUACCAGAGGAAUGGGGUUUGAGACUGCAAGACACCUGGCAAGCCUGGGCAUGCAUGUCAUCAUAGCUGGGAACGAGAGAGAAGAGGGCGCCUUAGCCGUCAGAAGGAUAAAUGAAGAGUCCAGUGAAGGGGAAGCUGAGUUUAUCUUUGUGGACCUGACCUCCCUGAAAUCAGUUAGAAACUUUGUCCAGAUGUUCCGAGACAGAGCUCUGCCGCUCCAUGUUCUCAUUAACAAUGCUGGGACCAUGCUGGUUCCUGAGAAACGGACAGAGGACGGGUUUGAAUUCCACUUCUGCCUGAACUACCUGAGCCACUUCUUGUUGACCAACCUGCUGCUGGACCUGCUGAAGAAGUCUGGAAAGAAUGGCCGCAGCUCCAGAAUCAUCAACAUGGCCUCCGCCACACACUACGCAGGAGAGAUAAACCUGGAAGACCUGAACAAGAGAACCAUCUAUAGCUCCCAUGCUGCGUACUCCCAAAGCAAGUUGGCCCUGGUCCUCUUCACCUACUACCUUCAGGCGCAGCUUAUGGCUGGGGGCUUCGCUGUCACUGUAAAUGCUGUGGACCCUGGGAUGGUGGAUACGGCGCUGUACAAUAACCUCUGGACCUUAGCACAGAUGCUGAAGAAACUAGUGGCCAGUGUUCUGUUCAGGGCUCCAGCAGAGGGAGCCUCCAUAUCGGUGUAUGCUGCAGCUGCGUCUGAGUUGGAAGGGGUGGGAGGCUGUUACCUGUACAACGGUCAGAAGACACAGUCCUCAGAUCUGUCCUACGACUCGGAACUGCAGGCCCAGCUGUGGAAGAAGAGCUGCCAACUAGUAGGACUUCAGGAGGCCUGACACCACCUAUCACAUUGGAAUACACACAUAUAAAAACACCUUCAGCUUCAGAAGCCUUUACAUUGUCUUCUCUGUCCUCUGCAUGUUAUUCUUUUGAGAACAUAAAUUCAGUUGCCUUCAAAUAACCUCUGUCAUGUUGCCUGAACCUUGAUCCACUUACCAUCAUUGUGAAUGAUGUUUGCAAACCGCUAUUUCUGGACAGAGUUCAGAAUUUGUCAGCAUUUCAGUCAAGUUGAGGUGUUGACUUUGACUGGACCUUGAUUGUUUUUUCAGACGUUCUUUUGUAGAUUUGCUGCUGUGUCCAGUUAAUGAGGCAGUUCGAUCCGUUUCUCAGACUGGUGACCUCACAUUUGACUCCAGAGUACAGAAAGGUUAAUGGCCUGCUCAGUGACUAAAUAAUGAACAGGUCCUGAGGUGCUGCCUUUUAAAGUUAUGGAUAAAAUCUGUUGAUUCUUCACCCAAACACUAUGCAGCAGCAUUUCUGUUGUGCAAUGGGUGGGUUUCACAUGACAUCAUGGUCACGUGACCGCACUUUGUGAAUGCCAUCUUAGGUUGCAGCUGCAGCCUGUUUUCGCUGUGAAGCAAAACUCCGGACCAUUCAUUUAACUAUGGGGAAAACUUGCUUAAUUGUGUGUUGUGCUGCGCGUGGUGGUCAAGACCAACGUUCAUUCUAUCAUCUGACAGCCGUGAUAGAUCAGUGUGAGAAAACACAAACACUGAGUACACAAUGCUGACUACUGUGGCUGAAUCGGAUAUCCAGGGCGGAUUUGGACGGUUUGAACCUCACUCACGCCCGAGUGUGCAGUGCACAUUUUUUAUAUUAUUCUGGAAAGUAGUCUGCCAAGACCGUGAGCCAAUCAGUUGAUUCUGACCCAAGUGGCAGCACUCAGCACUGUGACCUACUUCAGUAAGCUGCCCCCUUACGCCUUGACCAGUUAGAUGUAGGCUGCAAUUUACCUUUACUGUUAUGCUGUAAAUGAAUUAUGUAGUAAUAUACCUAUUAUGUAAUUAUCCUAUAAAAGGCAAUAUGAAACUUAUUAUGGAUUUUUGCCUAUGAUGUGGCUAUGAAAAAAAUAGUUGUUCAGCCAAUCGUCCGGAUUUGCGCUAAACAAGCCAACAUAUGGAUCCACCUUGUUGAUGACCGCAAUUUUCAUGAGGUGCAUGGCCUUAUCAGGAGGCUGUAACGACUCCAGAUACUUAUCCAUGGUCCUCCGGCUCAUCAAGAUGGAGUUCUGAAUGUUCUGCUUAUUUCUCUAAUCUGCUUUAAUUUUUGAAUGUGGUUACCAUGCAGCGCAGCUCUCAGUGUGUCCUUUAUUUCUUUCUCUUUUUCAGAUGUUAAUACUUUGUGGCUUUGAGUUUUUGUUUGAUCAACUAUUGAACACCAGGUUUCUUAUCAACCUGCAACUGAUUGACUUGUACACAUAAAUGGCUUGAAAAUUGUAAAUGUUCAUCAUUCACACAGCCCUUUCUAAUAGACAGAGGCCUACAGAAAUGCAACUCUUCAACUCUUUCACAUUUGGCCCUGUUCCAGCCACAAAUCAGAUUUUAUUGGGCUUUUAAGUGACAGACCAACACACUGUAGCGUGGAAUAUGAAGUGGAAGAAAAGUGGUUCAUGCAUUUCAAAAUCUGAAAAGUGAGUCUUAGUGUUGUGUUCAGCCCAUAUUUUGUAGAACCACCUUUUGCUGCAGGUCUUUACUGGCUUUAAACAUCUAUAGACAAAACAGUUCAAGUUCACUCGGAUAUGAUGGAGCACAUCUUUUAGCGCCAGUUUCCAAGACAUGCAACAUUUUCUAAGUUGGAUUUAGGUCUAUACUUUGAUUAGGCCAUUCUAUUACAUGAAUAAGCUUUGAUCUAAACUAUCCCAUUGUAGCUUUGGUCUUAUUUUUAGGGUCAAGGAAAGCGAAGAAAAGCGUCCCCACCACAUGAUGGUGCCACCACCAUGUUUUACCUGUAGGGUUUUAUUUAGAGGCAUCAGAGUAAGGAUGGGGAGCUGCUCUUUGUUGGUUCUUCAUAUAAAAUCCAUUGAUGUUUAUGGUUAUAAUGUGACAAAUUUGAAAAGUUAAAAGCAUGUGAACACUUUUGCAAAGCACUGUAGGACUGGAAAGUGAUUUAACAGUAAUUUCUCCUUUGCACUUUACAUCAAUCUCUAUAUUUACUUGGCAAAUCUGCAGCAAGGAAUGAAUCAUGUCCAAAUAAUAUAUGUUCUUGCUGUCGGUGCUGGUUAUUGUAGACAGUGGACAGUUAAAGGUUUUGCCCUUCUGUCAAUUAAAGCUUGAAAUAAAUACAUACAUGACUGUGUGUGACGUUUCAGUUGCUCCAUUUUAACGUGUUAAUUCAGAAAGUGAAGAAAAUUCCUCCUGGAUUACUGGUGAUAGUGGAAAAAUUCAAAUAGGUCACCCUGUUUAGUAUCUGAUUUACUAUGUGUGUCCUAAAUGAGCUUGUUGUUUAUGAGAUUGCCAUUUCAGACUUGAUCUACUCUUGGACCUUGCAUUUCAGGCAUCUCUUUCUGAUAUGAACGUAGUGUUUACCCAAGAGAAGAUACCUCUCUUCUCUCCGAGGCGUCACAUCAUGCUCACCUCUGAAGCGCAAGGUCUGUUUUAUCUCCCUGUCUCUGUAAUGUAAACUACUUUCUCAUUUUGUGAGUGGUUAUAAAAAGUCUGUUUACCUGUUUACGGCAGGACAGGCAGACUGAGAUACUGGUUUGGUUGUAUCCUCUGUCCGUUCUCAAUCCUUGCAAGAAUUUAAUAAACGUGCCACUUUGAUUCUCACCA